UGUUCUGUCUUCACGCUGGACGGCGCUGCUACUCCUUUUCUUCUUCAUCUUCUCCGUCGCCUCUCGCUCUCGCUCUCGCCUCAUCUCUGCUCGUCGUCUACGUCUCCGGUCCGAAUCAGAAACCGUUCCUUCCUUUGAUUUUGAUUUCAACUGUUUAAGCUAUGCAUACAGAGAGUCGCUGUCACUCCCAAGUGAAUGUGGUGUAAGCAUGAAAACACCACCAACAGAGACAAACCAGAAGAAUUGCGGGAGUGAAGGAGAUUUUUCAACAAAAAAGUGCUGAGGCUGAAAAAACUGUUUGUUUAGGCUUCGAAGAUUCCAGAAAAGGCAAGAUUAAUUAUGAAGAUGAUGAAGGUCUACUUCCAGAUGGUUUAAGAAUUCAGGAAGUGUGUGUUGACCUUGAUGGUGAUUUACAAGGAGUGAAGGAGCUUUUUCAACAACAAAGUGUUGGGGUUAGCAAUACUUUAAGUUUAGGCUGUCUACCUGCCAUAGAGGACAAGAAUAGUCUUGUAGGGGGUCAUUCUAUUAAUACUGGUUGUGAAAAAGGAAUUCUGCCUUGUCUAUAUGUUGAAAAGCUGAAACCUUUUGGCCAACAUUUGAGGGCAUUGGACGUGGAAGUUAUUCUAUGAGGUCUUGAAGCGAUGCAAGUGAUUUGCGUGAUCCACAAUCACUUCUUGGUUCAAUGGAGUUAGAGAGCUUCAAAGAUUAGCAACACAACAACAGUAAAUUAUGGAGGGCCGAAAGGAAUUAGAAGGCUUAAUUAGGUUCUUUUGAGGCUUUUGGAUUGUCUUCUUUGUUGAACACAAAGAUGCCUCGUUACAAAGAUGAGCCCCCAGCGGUUCGCGUCUACACUGUCUGCGAUGAAUCCAGAUAUUUGACUGUGAAGAACGUUCCAGCAUUAGGUUGUGGGGAUGAUUUGCUGCAACUGUUUUCAUCUCAUGGAGAAGUUGAAGAGUGUAAGCCAAUGGAUGCAGAGGAUUGUGAGCCAUUCACUGAUGUCUAUUGGAUCAAAUUCCGCCUUUUCAGCAGUGCCAGGUUUGCGAAAAGAAAAUUGGAUGAUUUUGUUUUCCUCGGGAAUCGACUGCAGGUUUCAUAUGCUCCCCAUUUCGAGAGCCUCUCCGACACAAAGGAUAAAUUAGAGGGAAGAAGAAGGGAGGUUUUAGCGCGAUUGAACCCUAGAAGAUCCAAAGAGACUACAGCCUCAAGCUCCGGACCUCUGAUUGCCUCAAUGACUAGUUGCGUAUCAGAACAUUUAGAUCCUAAUGAAAGGGAUGUAGAAUUCGAAGGAAGGUCACGCAGUGGUAAUCUUCCAAUAAGAACGGUUUCCUCUAAUGAGGAUUAUUUUGCUUCGCAUUCCAUGAAUCAAACUGUGAGGUUUGUACGGGAUAAGCUUGAUAAGAUUCGGUCUAGCAGCGAGCAUCUACCAGCUGGAUCUGCAUCAAAGAAAACACGAGUUGAUAAUAGGAGGAGGAUUUAAUCUGUAUAAUUGGAAAGCAGUAAGUAAUUGUGAUGUUAGUACAGGUUCUUUGAGAGAGCCUAGUAGAUAUAGCAGUGGUUCCUAGCGAGUGGUUUUUCAGGCUUCAUUUGUGUUAAAUCAAAGUUUUCCAAUAUCGCAAAAGCUAGUUAUCUU